AUGGAAGAAGAGAUAGCUUCUGAGGCCAAGGCUUCAAUCGGUAAGCGUGAUGCAUUUUCCGAAUUGAUGUCGCCCAGAGUCAAACGGUCAAAACCCGAGCAGCCGUCGUCGAAGGCUACUGGGGGAAAGCACAGCGGCAGAAAUCCCUACGACCCUCGCAAUGGUCUGCUGGUGUACAUUUUGGAUCCGAUCAAAUACGCACCGAAUGUUGUCAUCACUUACAACGAGCGAGUCGUUCUGAUCCGUGACGCAUUCCCCAAGGCGACGGUCCAUCUGUUGUUACUACCAAGGGAUCCAGACAAAAGAGACAUGCACCCACGAGACGCUCUGAACGAUCUGGAGUUUCUGGGGAUGGUCAAGACCGAAGCUGCGGAAGCCUUGGAGUUGGCGGCGUCCGAACUGUCGCGUCAACUCGGCCCCUACUCUGAAUCUUGUAAAGAGCGCAUCGCCGCGAUGGAGAGCGACGAGAUACCCGACGAGCUUCCUCCCGGCAGAGACUUUGCGAAAGAGUUCAAAAUCGGCAUACACGCCCAUCCCUCCAUGCACCAUCUCCACGUCCACAUCAUCAGUCGGGACAUGCACUCUGAUCGUUUAAAACAUCAAAAACACUACAACAGCUUCAACACGGACUUUUUCAUCCCACUCGAGGACUUCCCCUUGGCGGAAAACGAUGUGAGGCGGAACACGAGUUACCAGAAUGGCAACCUGAAGAAAGAGUACAAAUGCUGGCGAUGUGGGAAGUUGUUCGGAAACAAGUUUCAACAGCUCAAGGCCCAUCUUGAGGAAGAGUUUCUCGCUUGGAGGAAGAUAUAAGCAAACUCUCUCGAGCCCGACCAUGAUCUCUGUCUGUUUCAUCAUCACUAUCACUCAAUCCCUUCUUCGUUCUCGACUCAGGUCUCGCAGUCGGGAUGAGUCUCGCCCACCACCUUCCACGUAACUAUUUCUUCGGGCACGGUUGGAAUUGAUAGGCUCAACGUAUUCAACCCCAUCUCGUCUACCGCCAUCCUUCACAUCGACAUAUAUUCUUCCAGGUUGGACCACCUCAUAUUCGAAUCGGGGUUGAGAACUUCUUCGUCGGGCCGUGUUGCUUGUGUCCGCAUUUCGGGACGUCGUCUCUUGUCCAGGCCUGGGUCUCACCACUUCCCUCUUUUCGACUUCUUUAAAUCGAAAUCCGC